UAUAUAUAUAUAUAGUGUAAUUUUCAGGGGAAUCUCCUUGUGCCCCUAGUUCGACCCCUACAAAAGCGUCGGAUGACACCCCUUAUUGUAGUUUAAAGAGGGGUUGUUUAAUUGAAAAUAGUGAUCUUGGAGUAUUUGUUUAUGGAGAAAUUUGUUUGAUGGAUUAAUAUGAUAGGGGAAACUUGUUUGUGUUCUCAUAUGGAGUAAUGUAGAGGUCCAACAGAUGAGUUUGGUGGAGGUUUUUAGCUGUUGGCUUCGGUUAAGAACUGGUAAAUCACUGGAAAAGAAUCCCAAAAUGUUAACAAAAGUUAUUGAAAACUUCUGAAAUAAACAAUUCAUGAUGAUAAGGCCCCUAGAAAUGAUUCAUUCAAUAUAUCAUAUGUAACUUAUACAAAUUCAAUAAAUAAAUAAAAAUAAGGAGAAAUAAACAGUUUAUAACAAGAAGAUAGAAAUGGGCAAGAUAAUUUCAAGGCCAAAUAGAUAAGAGGUCCCUUAUACUUGACUCCAAUUUUCAUUUUAACACCUCAACUAGGACCGGUACCUAUUGAACUCUUGAACUUAAUUGAAAGUGUACCUAUUAAACACAAAACCUUAUGUGGCACAAAAAGUGUUUUUUAACCAGUGAUGAGCCCGUGAAUCACUUGAGUCCUCUUUCCCCUUCACCUUCUACGCCGCCAGCCCACCACAAGAAAUUUGACAUAUCUCAAGAAAAUGAUAUUAAAUGAAUUAGUUAUAUUAUUAAAUAAAAAAAAUCAUUUAUGGAAAAAUUAUUAAUAACUUUGCAUUUAGCAAAAAGUAAAAGUCCAAAUCACAAAACUUUAAUGUGUAGUAAAAUUCUAAGGAAUACGAAAUUACACACACGUAUCUGACAUUUGUCAGCCGUAAGAUGAGUUACUAUGAAAGAAUGUCUUGACACGUGUCACUCAUCUAAACACUCUCCCAGCAAAACCAAAACCCCAAGAAGGGAAAACUCCAAGAGCUAAUACUUAGCUUUCUCUCCAAAAUGGAAAAAGAGAGAGAAGAAAUGGAAUCUAUGAAUGGUCCGAGCAAAAGGGUAUGCAUUCGUGUCGAAAACGGCGCCGUUUGCACCACCGGAGGUAGGUGGGAUGAGUUAAACCCUGAGAUAUUAGCAUCAAUUUUCCUAAGGAUUGUUCCGCCGGAUCUGAUGGUGAGGUUGGUGGUGUUAGUUUGCCGGAAUUGGAUGGAGACGGUAUCCGGUCCUUCCUGCUGGACGGAGAUUGAUCUGGAAGACUGGUGCCGGAAAUGCUGCAUUGCUAAGCGUCCCCACCUGAUUGACCCUGUUGUCCGCAAAGUUGUUCGCCAGAGCAGGUCCACAGUCCAGCGACUCUCCACUUACCGUCUCGGCAUAUCUGGAUUCUCCUCCGCUGCUAGCCGUGGAAGAUGUCUCAAGACACUGCAAAUCCCUAUGUGUGAAGUCACUGACCAGGUGGUUGAAAAGCAUGUGAGGUUCUUGGCCAAUCUUACCUUCUUGGACAUCAGUUACUGUUUAAAGAUCACGGAGAAGGGUCUGAAAGCUUUCGGAACACAAUGCAAGUCCUUGACUCAUUUCCGAAGAAACAUGCCUCUUUGGGAGCUGCCCACCAGUGUUGAAGCUUCUGAUGUCAAUGAUCAGGAGGCGCUGAUUAUAGCGGAAACUAUGAAAGGUCUCCAGCGCCUUGACUUUGCUUUCAACCGGUUGAGCGAUACUGGCAUUGAGGCUAUUCUCACCCAGUGUAAGGCACUAACACACCUUGAAAUCCAAGGGUGUUGGAAUGUGGAGCUGAAGGGUGAUCUUGAGGUAAGAUGUAAAAAGCUUGUAGACUUUCGGAGCCCUUGGAUCGAUGAACAUGAGGAUAACCUUGUUGAUUCCUCGGAUAAUGAAGAUGAAUCUGAUGAUGAGUCAAUCUACUCUGAAUCGCCCUCUUCAUCAGAUUUGGAUUAGAUGGUUGCAUUGCACCACCUUCUAAGUCUCUUUAUGCUGUUGUUUUGGGAGAUUUUGGAUUCGUAUCUAUGCAGAUCACUGCGCGUAGACAUUCUAAAUAUGGGUUUUUGUUUGUCUUUGAGACAUGUUAUCAGUAAGAGUUGUAAACUCUAUGCUUGAAACUUGAAUUAGUACUUAAAGCUUUGCUAUGCUGUUUGAUGAAAUUACUAUAUGCUGCAAUGAACAUGUUACUUAUCUAUUAUUUCUGGCUUCUUUA